UCCCUAGGUUGGGAAGCACUGGGGUAGAAUAGAGGUAUUUUCCAUGAAUAAAAGUCAAAGAAACUCACUUCAAAUUUCUUAGUUCAUAUUUUUCAGCCGCUGUGAUAGCUUAGUAUUGAGUGAACGACAUUAUAAGUGGCUUUAUGCCGCUUUAGUCCUUUCAAAAUAAUGGCCUUAUUGACCCGUGUCUGGCCUCAGCUUCUUUCUAUUCACCACUAUGUCACUGUGCACUGAGACGUCAGGUCUCAGGCCGUGACUGACACAGUCUCGAUGUCAGUCACAGCCUGACAGACUGGUCACAGGGCAGCAUCACUGGUUCUUGUCUCUGCUAGACUUACUACACUGUCUCAGGAUGAGAGCUAUAGCCAUGUCUUCCAGCUCAGCGAUAGUGCGGAUCCUGAUAAAGGGCGGCAAGGUGGUGAACGACGACUGCACCCAGGAGGCCGACGUCUACAUCGAGAACGGCAUCAUCGAGCAGGUGGGGAAGGAGCUGAUGAUCCCGGGUGGAGCCAAAGUGAUCGACGCCUCGGGAAAACUGGUCCUCCCCGGGGGCAUCGACACCAGCGUCCACCUGGAGGAGAGCUUCAUGAACGCGACCACGGCAGAUGACUUCUACAGCGGCACCAAGGCUGCUCUAGCUGGAGGCACAACAAUGGUGAUCGGACACAUUCUGCCAGAGAAGAAUGAGUCUCUGCUGGAAGCCUUCGAGAAGUGCCGCAGCUCGGCGGACCCCAAAGCCUGCUGUGACUACGCUCUGCACGUGGGAGUUACUUGGUGGGGACCCAAGGUGCGAGCUGAGAUGGAGAAGCUGGUGAGGGAGUACGGAGUGAAUUCCUUCCAGAUGUUCAUGGCCUAUAAGGACAUGUUCAUGCUGAGGGACAGCGAGCUCUUCCAGGCUCUGCAGCACUGUAAGGACAUCGGAGCUAUAGCAAGAGUCCAUGCUGAAAAUGGGGAGCUGGUGGCAGAGGGUGCAAAAGAAGCAUUGGACCUGGGCAUCAGUGGCCCAGAGGGGAUUGAAAUCAGCAGGCCUGAAGAGUUGGAAGCAGAGGCGACUCACAGGGCCAUUACCAUCGCAAACAGGGCCCACUGCCCGAUCUACCUUGUCAAUGUCUCCAGUAUGUCUGCCGGGGAUGUAGUAGCUACAGCCAAGAUGCAGGGUAAAGUGGUCCACGGUGAAACAACCACAGCCCACGCUGUGCUGAACGGUAUGCAGUACUACCACCAGGACUGGGCCCAUGCCGCCGCCCACGUUACCGUGCCUCCUCUCCGCCUGGACCCCAACACUCCCAGUUACCUAAUGAGCCUGCUGGGGAAUGACACUCUGAAUGUGGUGGGGUCCGACCACCGUCCGUUCACCAUCAACCAGAGAGCCAUGGGCAAGGAUGACUUCACAAAGAUCCCCCAUGGGCUUCCUGGCAUUCAGGAUCGCAUGAGCGUCAUCUGGGAGAAAGGAGUGAUUGGAGGGAAGAUGGAUGAGAAUCGCUUCGUUGCAGUCACAAGCUCAAAUGCGGCCAAGAUCUACAACCUCUACCCCAGGAAAGGAAGGAUCAUCCCAGGAGCAGAUGCUGAUGUGGUGGUCUGGGACCCCGAGGGAUCCAAGACCAUUUCUGUGGACAACCAGGUCCAGGGAGGAGAUGUAAACCUGUAUGAAGGUCUCCGUUGUCAUGGCGUUCCCCUGGUCACCAUCAGCCGUGGCCGUCUGGUCUAUGAGAAUGGCAUAUUCACGUGUGCUGAGGGUUCUGGGAAGUUCUGCCCCCUGAGGACCUUCCCAGAUUACCUCUACAAGAAGAUGGUUCAGAGGGAAAAGUGCCAGGCUGUGAAAGCUGUGGAACGGGAGCCCUACACAGGUGAAGUUGUGGCGGUGCUCAACUCAGGAAAGAGGGAUUUGGGGGUUUCAGAUGUGGACACGCCGACGCGCCCCUGCACCCGGCACGGGGGAUUGAGGGACCUCCAAGAGUCCAGCUUCAGCCUGUCUGGUGCCCAGAUCGACGACAAGAUUCCAAAGAGAUCCUCGGCCAGGAUCCUCGCUCCUCCUGGAGGGAGAUCCAGCGGGAUCUGGUAACCAAUCGGGCGGCCGUCACGUGAAGCGGAAGAAUGACACCCGAGGGAAACAUAUGGCCAAGCAAGAUGACUUGUUUUUCUUUCUGGAAGCUUAGAAUAUGUGUGGGGUUAAUGGAGUCAUGUUUUUAUUUUGAACUUGGCACAGUUACAUAGGAUUGUAAAACGUUAAACUGUAUAACAUUUGCUGUGAUAAUAUGGGAGUAUGUAUCAAGGAAAAACUAUUGCUAAGUGGUUAUAGCUACCAAAUUUCGGUCAAAUGUUAACCAAAUAUAAGCAGCAAAUAAAAGAUGGGUUGCCAAUGAAUUACUUUGGCUGUUGAAUCACGUUAGGGGAAGAAUCUUACUGAUAGUUUUAGGAAUAUGAAGGUGAGUCAUGGUUUUUAUGAUGCGAUUCUGUUACCUCACUGUAAAAUACGAUUUUGCACUUGUAUCAUGUACUAUUUAGAUGCCUUUUUACAUGAUUUAAUGUCACAAAUAUCACAAAUGUCUUUGUAACGCAAGCCAUGGAGAAUGAAAUGGGAUAAGUUAUUAGCAGGGUGUGGGCAUGACAUCAAUAUGUCAGUUAUUAAAAAAUAUAUAGUUGACCAACUGAUGAGAAAUAUCGUAAUGCAAGUUAACCUUUUAUAUGCGUUUGUUUAUUUAUUAUUUAUCUUGCAUUAUUUGUGCGGUUGUCGGUUGAUGCUACUGUGUUAGAAUCCUUUCCUAAGUAAGAAUGAGGUCUUUGUUCAGUAGUUCAUCGUUGUCAGAUUAGCAUUUCAGAUCAUGUUUACAGCCUUACAGCAGAAUAGACUUCUGUUCCACCCCCCCCCCACCAAAUGUGAAGGAACCUCUGCUGUGUGUACUGUGCAUGGUAGCAUAGUUAGAACUACUGUAAUAAGCACUUACGUUGCUCAUGCUACGCAGCAUUCUUUGUGAUCGUAUCCGUUUUCCACAGAGAGCAAAAAGUCUCACCCAAACUGCCUUUUUCUCACCUGAGAACACUGACAACCACAAACGCAUCGUCCCACACUGCCGGCACAGAUCAUGACAUGUUGAGCGCUGUCGUUUCUUUUAGAGUGGGCCCUUUUUACUGGUCUGAAACGGCAGGGUUCAAAAGAUACGCUGACUCUAACGCACCACUGAGAAGCAAUUAAGAAGGGGAAAUGAUGCUCCACAGAGCUAACGUUUAACAGCAUAUAUGCGAGUCAAUUAAUGCCAAUACUUGAAGGGAUCAAACGCCUUCACACUGUACGCCACUGAAAGCUCAGCAUCAUAACGGGAAGGCAUGCUUGCUACAGAAAAGCACUGAUACUACUACUGUAUUUUUUAUUGUUUGUCUUUAGUUACAUAUUUGUUCUUGUGAAUAUUUUUUUAUUUAGUCAUUGAUUUUGUUGUGUUUUUGUCAAAACUUAUGCACACAAGAUUUUUAACAUGUUUAGACUUAUGUUCAGAAGAGCAUCACGUUACAGUAAAAGUCCUGCAUCAUUGUUUGUUUGGUUUUUUUGGGACAUAUUUCACAUCUAGAAGCUCCAGUGAAUCUUGUUUCGUCUUCCCCCUCCCAAAUGUACACUGGUGCUGAACAAUGUGUCGUCACAUUGACUUCCUUUAUCUCUUGUUUCUUCUUGCAGCUCUUUAUCACAUGAUUUGAGUGCAAAUAAACCACAAUGAAAUCUCCAA